AUGAUACAAAGUAGGGCAUUAAAAGAAGAAAAUUCAGCUUUGAGAUCCCAAGUCGCUUUGCUUAAAGAAAGACUAGAACAUCUUGAGAGGACUCAAUCUAAUGUUUCGCAGUCAUCUGCUAUAGCAGACCUCCUGAUCCACGGAAGAGAAAAUCCAUUCUCACCUGGCAAGUCGUAUAAUCCAACUCAAACAAGGUUUAAGCAUAGACAAUUAGUGCUGAUGGAUGCUAAAUAUAAAAAAGCAUUUAGAAAAGAGGUACUUCGGGCAGCCAAACAAUUGGCUCACAAAAAUCCCUGCCUGUCAGUAAACAAGAACAAAAGCUGGCUCCAUCAGAGAGACUUUGUUGAACUUACUAUCCUUUUUACUCUUAAGAAACGUAUUAAUAAAAGCCUUAAAUAUCUUGAUGAAGAAGUAGUUCGAGUGUUUAAGACUAACCAUAAAAGCCAUACAUCAACAGUAAAAAUUAAGGCAAAUGCUGACAAAUAG